AUGGACGGACAAGCCUCGUAUGAAAAUGGACUCUCUUCCUCCUUCCCUCAAGAGCCCGCCUCUGAGAGGAUGCCAUUGUUGGCUAAUCACCGGCUUGACUCAACCAAUGGGAAAGCCAACUCGAAUUGGGUGCGAGACGCUCGAUUGCUAGCGAGAAAUUCAGUGCCGCUCAUAGUUGCAGGACUAUUACAACAUUCUCUUUCCAUUACCAAUAUAUUUGCGGUUGGUCAUUUAGGGGAGAUUGAGCUAGCAGCAGUUUCAUUAUCCAUCAUGUCAGCAAAUAUUACCGGGUAUGCCGUCUACCAAGGAAUGGCAACUGCCCUCGACACACUUUGUGCACAAGCCUACGGGUCCGGGAGGCAUCAUCUGGUUGGCCUCUACUUUCAACAGAUGGUAAUUUUCUUGUGGCUAUUGACCAUCCCUAUUGGAAUCAUCUGGCUCAAUGCCGACAAGAUCCUAGGUGUGAUGGUACCUGACAAGAGAACGGCAGACCUCGCUGGAGUAUACAUGAAGAUUUUGUUCCUUGGCGCCCCAGGAUAUGCAUCGUUCGAGGCGGGCAAACGAUUCGUCCAAUCCCAAGGAAUAUUCCACGCCGCAACACAUAUUCUACUUGUACUUGCUCCGUUAAACGCUCUUCUCAACUGGUUUCUCGUCUGGAAACUGGAACUGGGUUUCAUUGGUGCCCCGAUUUCGAUUGCAAUCACUAACAAUCUACUCCCGUUUUGCUUGUUUCUUUACGUCUAUUUCAUCGACGGCAGAAAGUGUUGGGGCGGGUUUACAACCAAGGUCUUCCAAAACUGGAGUAUAAUGAUCAAAUUAGCAUUCCCGGGCUUUCUCAUGCUUGAAGCAGAGUUUCUCGCUUUCGAAGUGUUGACCCUUGCAGCUUCAUACCUCUCCACGACGCAGUUGGCUGCCGAGAGCAUCGUCGGCCCCUUGAUUGCAUUGACUUUUCAGGCUCCGUUUGCGCUCGCGAUAGCUGCUUCAACCCAAAUAGCCAAUCUCAUUGGAGGAGGUGCUCCCAACCAAGCGAAGCAAUGUGCUACGAUUGCGGCGUAUGGUGCUUGUUUAAUCGGGGCGCUCAACUUCGUGCUCAUGAUACGACUAGGCGGUUCUGCUGCUGGUUGGUUGACAUCUGAUGAAAGUGUCGUCGAGCAAGUCAUCGAGGUCGUCCCUAUCAUCGCAACGUUCCAGCUAUUUGACUCUUUGGCGAUAACCUUCAAUGGGAUUUUGAGGAGUUUGGGAAAACAAUCGGUCGGCGGCUUGAUAAGUGUAUUCUGCUAUUACAUCAUCGCCAUGCCAAUCAGCUUUAUGACCGCUUUCUGGCUGCGAUGGGAGCUUUUCGGUCUGUGGACAGGGAUUGCAGUUGCUCUUGGUUUAAACUCGUUGAUUGGAGGGUACUAUAUUUAUUCCACCUCAUGGGAUGCAGCCGUGGAAGCGGCGAGAGAGCGAAACAUGAAGGCAUCCAUUCGAUCAUAG